AUCGACAUCAAACUUAUCACACCUCUGUAUAUAUAAUAAUAUGAUCACUUUAAAUUUCUCACAAUGUGGUCAGAAGUAGUAACUCUGGACAAGUAAACAUUAAGGUCUUAUAAGGUCAAAAGUCUGGUAAAUAAAAUAUAUAGAAUUCACCGAGGCGUGACGAGUCUGUACAUACACAGUAGCAAUGGAACAGUUAAAUGGAAUUGAAAAUAAAGGUUUUGAAAAUGGUGUCGGGUGUAAUGAUGUCACGGUGGAAGUGAAAACAGAUAUCACCAAGAAGAAUGGAAUUCCCUCGCAUGAUAAUGGAACACUUUCAACAUACACCAGCAAUCCGGAAAACACGAAAAUUGAUAAGCGUGAUAUCAGUGAAGAUCUGGAUUGGGGUUAUGGUCCAUUUAAGCCUAGGUGUUUCCAAGUAUUCAACAAAAUGCAUUUUUAUAUUCUCUUCGUCUCCAUUAUGUGCUUCAUAGAAGGAUUUGCAGUAAAUGGAAUAGCUAAUUCAGCAAUACCAUCAUUAGAGAGACAAUUUAAACUUCCGUCAACGAAGUCUGCGCUCAUUCCAAGCUCUAUGGAUAUAGGGUCAUUGAUAGUAGUGUUGUUUGUAACUUUCAUCGGCGGACGAUAUAAUAAGGCGGCAAUAGUAGCAGGUGGAACUGUUGUCAUGGCACUGGGCUCUUUCGUGUUUUUGAUUCCACAUUUUAUAGAUCAAUACACUUACGUUGAAUAUGCCACAGAGUACACAUACAACUGUUCUGCCGGAAGUUCCUGGUCAUCAGAAUGUGACCCGGUUGGCGAGUCAUAUUUAGCUAUAUUUAUGAUAGCUAAUAUGCUUCACGGGGUUGGAUUUACUACAAUGUUUACAUUAGGAUCAGCAUACAUAGACGACAAUGAAGAUAAUGCUAAAGCUGCUCUUCAUAUUGGCUUAACCUUUUCUGCAUCCGCAGUGGGGACUGCAGUAGGAUUUUUAUCUGGUGGAGAAAUAUCACAAAAUUACUAUGUAGAAUUCGACAGAGUGGAUACAGACAGUAUCGGCAUAACGUUCAUUGAUCAACGGUGGGUAGGUGCCUGGUGGUUAGGGUUUGCAAUCUCAAUUGUAGCAUUUGCUAUCAUAGCUGUACCUCUCUUUGGAUUUCCUAAAAGACUUCCAGGUGUUGCUAAGCGGACAGAUGAAAAAGAAUGCGAAAACUCUUUCAUGUUCAAUGUGAAGAAAUUUUUUGUUGUUCUCAUUACACAGAUUAAGAACCCUAUAUUUAUGAUGGUUACGUUUGCUGGAACUGCUAAUACACUUGCUGUAUCAGGUGUCGGAUCAUUUGCUUACAAGUUUUUGAUGGAGCAGUACAAUCUGGAUUACAAAACAGCUGGGUAUCUCUUAGCCGGUAUGAUUUUGGUUGGUGUUGUUGGAACGUUCGGCGGUGGUGUGAUUAUAAGAAUAUUUAACCUUGAACUACGUGGAAUGCUGAGACUGGCUUUUGUAAGUUGCUUGGUGUCAUCUUUAAUGGGCAUCAGUUUCAUAGCCGGAUGUCCAGAUGUUAAGCUAGCUGGGCUUGAAGUUCCUUAUCAUAACCACCCUGACGUGUCAAAUGGAUACUCAGACGCCUGUCAGAAACCAUGCCAGUGUCAGUACGAAACAUUUACUCCUGUUUGUGGUAUAGAUAACGUGGUGUAUUAUUCUCCUUGUCAUGCUGGAUGUACAAGUGUUGCAGGCAUGGGUGUAUGGGGUAACUGUAGUUGCAUUGCUCAGAAUCUGAAUAUAAGCCAGGCAAAUGCAGGAGCCUUUUAUGGGCGUUGUGAUGACAACUGCGAUAAACUUUAUUACGUCGCACCAUGCAUAUUUUUAGCAAUCAUCUUUGUACUAAUAUCAACUACGCCAAACUCAAUGUGUAUCAUGAGAGUUGUUGACGAAGACGUUAAACCGUUUGCCUUGGGUGUGGAGUGGGUUUUCAUAAGGCUUCUUGGAACCAUUCCAGGUCCCCUUCUGGUUGGUUGGGUUCUGGAUAACGCAUGUUUGAUAUUUUUAGACGGAACUUGUGGUAAUAAAGGGAACUGUUUGCUCUAUAGCCAUGAUGAUAUGGCUUCAGGGAUAUUAAUUUGGUGGCUGAUUGUGUCAUUGUUGUCGGCAAUAUUUUACCUAUUCGCCAUUUUAUUUGAAGCCAGAUCUGGGAAAAGUAACUCGUUCGAAUUAUCAUCAAAUUAGAGACAAUUUUCUUCAGAACCUGUGAUUUAUGUAAAUACUGCAUUUGUUUUAGUUUAUAUCAUUGAAAUGUGACAUUUUAAAGAAGAAUACCAUGUUUUGUAUUAGUAAUCAAACGGGACUAACUUCGAAUUCUUUAUUCUGUAAUAUUCAAUUGAGUGCUCUUAUGCAAGUGAACCAGGCAUAUUUAAAAGACUGCAAACUUGUGUAAUAUGAUCUUUUAAUAAGGAAUAUUGAAUGGAUAUAAAACAUCAUUCCGGAGAUAUACUUUUAUAUAACCUUAUAUGAAAAGGACAAUGGUUUUAUUGAUUUUUCAACUUACCUCGCUUUUAUUGUUUACUCAACAAAAUACUCAAUACAGUAGAGAUUUCACGUAUUUGUACUGUGGCAAAAAGUGGAGAAGAUACCAACGGAACAAUUUAAAGCCAGACGUCGAAAAAGACGGACAAAGCCAUGGAAAAAAGAAGAAAUAUCAACCAACAAAUCAAAAACACUCGCAGAAAGCAACAAGAACCAAUUUAAACAAAACACGUGACUGAUCUAGAAGGGUAUACUUAUUCUUCCCAACUCUUGGCUUAUUGCUUACAUUACCGGUGAUAAAUAUGUAUGUUAAACUAAGAAUAAUUAAUAUAUAGUUAUUGGUUACAAUUGUUAAAAAGUAGCAUAUACUUGUUAUCUCUAUAGUCGACAACGAACAUUCGGGUUUGCGGACGAGAACUUUUUAUAAACAAAAUCUGGUGCUAAGGUGAAUAUUUCAUAAAUAAUCAUAUGGAAUAAAUAAUUUAAUUCUGGAUGUAACGCGUCUUCUGAUUGGCUGACAGAUUUUGUUUAUCAGCUCAUAGACAUAAUUUUGUCAUGUGACUGUGACGUCAUCAACAUUUUUUCAUGAUUUUCUCACGCUUAAAAUGGAAUUUAGAAUUAAAUUAUAAGGAAUGACUGAAGAAAUAACAUAAAAAAUGUGGUGCACACUUUAAAAUAUUCAGUGUGCACCACAUUUUUGAUGUUAUUUCUUCAUAGACAGAGAAAAAUUAUUUUAUGGAAUAACUAAUUUUAUGGAAUAAAAUAUAUUCCAUAAAAAAUAAUCAUAUUUAAACAAAAUUAAUUUAUUUAUUCCAUAAAAUUUUGGAAGAAAAAAAAGUUGAUUUUGUUUUGCUCUGGGAAUAUUUAUCUUCCCUUUCAAUAUUCUAAUGACGGUCCAUUUGCAUUUGUACAAAAAAAUCUAAAUCAAAGAAAUAUCAUGUAUUUUAUCACAAAGAAGUAUCAUGAAUUAUAACACAAAGAAGCAUCAUGUAUUAUAUCACAAAGAAGUAUCAUGUAUUAUACAAUAAAGAAGUAUCAUGAAUCAUAUCACAAAGAAGUAUCAUGUAUGUAUUAUAUCACAAAGAAGUAUCAUGUAUGUAUUAAAUCACAAAGAAGUAUCAUGUAUCAUAUCAUUGUCAUAUGUAUUUUGUCCUUGCCUUUUGUCAUGUCAAGUGUUUAUAGUGCCAUAUGUACAUUUAUUUAUAACAUUGUUACAUUUUUUAUUUGUUAAUUCAAUGUUUAUACAAUGUAUCUUUAUAUAUAUGCAUAUAUUUACAAGAAUGAAUAAAAUUCAAAAGUU